AUGACGGCCGUCGCAACCGCCCCCGUGAUGAGCAACCACGAGAACGGUUCCGACCACAGUCCCUCGCGCUUCACUGCGGUAAAUGGAAGGGAAUCAGCAUCCGGUCCAUCGUCGUCAAAACCUCCCGGGAACAGCGAUCAUGAUUCAUCGUCCGGCCCGAGAGAACCAAGCCUAGGACUGGGACACUCCAACUCGGCUGAGCGCCAGGACCACGAUCGCGGCAGCGGCAAUUCACGCCCAUCACCAUCACCCAACCCCAACCCCAAUCACCACAAGCGAAAGCGAUCUGAAUCCAGGGAGCAGCAAGAUCAUUCCCCACGCGAUCUGUCGGGUUUCAACCGUGGCCCUCUAGAUCGUCCCGUCGAUGUCGACGGCCCGCCCGCUUCCAAUGGAGCGGGGUCAGUGUCCGGCUCGGGCUCGGGCUCAAUCUCAGAGUUCGAAACAUCCCAUGCUGGACCUGCAUCGGCCCAUCGAUCCGAUACCAAUGAUGCACCGUCCUCCACGGGGCCGUGGCCCGAUUAUGAUUCCCAGUUGAUCAGUCAGGCACAACGCGCCCAGCAGUUCGAUCCGUCCGAUGCUCAUUUGGCGGAUGCCUUGCAACGUGAAGCACAAGGUCAAGAACGGGACCUAGGCACUCGCCUCCUCCCCUCAUCAUCGAUUGGACCGCCAAAUUCUUCGACAUAUCCAUCGGACCGUUCGCCGGCUGCCGUCCAGGUGGCACCAAAGAGGAAACGCGUCUUCAGCAAUCGAACCAAGACCGGCUGUAUGACAUGUCGCCGGCGGAAAAAGAAAUGCGACGAACAACACCCUGCCUGCAACAAUUGCAUUCGUGGAGGCUUUCUAUGUGAAGGUUACACGUCGCGGAGUAUGUGGCAGAAGCCUUCCAGUGCCAAAGGUCCCGUUCCAUUGCAGUCUAAAGAUGGCUACGCCGAGGUUGGUGGUCAGUAUCUACCAGAAACUCUCCAACAUCACGAGCGGCCGGCGGGAAUAGUCGAACACGCACACGCGGAACGCAAGAUGCGACCUGCGGUGGUCGAUGAGGGGAGCGGUCAGCCCAACAACAACACCAGCACCAACACCAACACCAACACCAACAUCCACCCCCUCCACCACAAUCACAACCUCUACCACAGCAGACGCAACCGCAACCGCAACCACAACCACAGCCACAACCGCAGCAACAACCGCAGCAACAACAACCGCCUCCACCGCCGCCGCAGCAACAGCACCCAGCCCGCUUACGUCUCCGAGCACAUCCCAAAGCCAGAUUAUCGAGAAGUUCCACCCGUUCACGAAAUGCCACCUCGAGAAGGCCCCCCGAAACCAGACUACGCAGUCGUACCCCCAAUCCGCGAAGUUCCACCAGGCCCCCAUCCCAAACCCAGCAUGCCUUUAUUCCAAGGCGGAGGAGUCGAGCAACAACAACAACAACAACAACGACCACCACUCCCGCCCACAGCGCCAAUGGAUACAAACAGCCCGCAAGCACAAGCCCGAAUGGCCCUGAGCAUCGAGCAUCAAAUUUCCGGCCGCGCGGUUUCCGGAGAAGAGACCGAAAAAGAGAAAAUGAUCCGAGGAGAACUUUACCGUCCCUUCGACGUGCAAUUAGUCGAAGAGCGCGAUCGAUGUCGUCGCGCGCUGUGGCGAUUCAAUAACGCCUGCAACCCCGUCAACGGCCUAAGCUCGAAAGAGCAAAAUCGUCUGCUGAAGGAGAUUCUCGUUCCCCCUUCUGACUCCGUUACCAACUCGCCGUCCGGCAUGUCUGGUGCCCCUCGCUCCAUUGGCUCGAUCGGUCAAGGUGCCGUUGUCGAAAGUUCGUUCACAUGCAACUACGGGUAUAAUAUCCACAUUGGUGAAGAUGUGAUGAUUUCCCAAGGUUGUUUGUUUGUGGAUGACUGCAUUAUCAAUAUCGGGGCUCAUACUUGGAUUGGGCCGAAUGUUACUUUGCUCAGUUCUAUGGCUCAUUCUAGUAUGCAGGAACGCAAGGGAUCGCAGAGUCGAUACCAGGGGAGACCGGUUACUAUUGAAGAGGAUUGCUAUCUUGGGGCUGGUUGUACGAUUUAUCCUGGUGUGCAUCUGGGUCGUGGGGCUUAUAUUGCGCCUGGGGAGGUGGUUAAGACUCAUAUUGUUGCUUAUGGUUUUCAGGGGUUUAAGCCUAGCUAUAUGUGA